AGAUGCUGCAGUUCGUUAGCAACCAGGUUGGAGAGUUUCCAGAUUUGUUCUCAGAGCAGUUAUGUGGCACGUUCCAGAGCAGUGGUGGAGGUAACAGUGGUGGGACCUUGGACCAUCCACUGCAGAACUCAUACAACCAGGCACAGCUGCAGUCUUUCCCAUCUACCACUGCCUCUCCCCAGCUACAAGCCGUGCAAGUCAAAGUGCCUCCAGCAACAGCACCUGCCCCUCAGCGAUCUGCACCGCUCCUUCAGCCUCGCCCCCAGCUUCAGCCCCAGCUCCAACAGCAAACUGUGAUGAUUACACCAACUUUCAGCUCUGCUCCCCAGACCAGGAUCAUUCAGCAACCUCUAAUAUACCAGAAUGCAGCCACAAGUUUUCAAGUUCUUCAGCCUCAAGUUCAGAGCCUGGUGACGUCCUCCCAAGUUCAGCCUGUUACCAUUCAGCAGCAGGUGCAGACUGUGCAGGCUCAGAGGGUGUUCACACAGGCUGCCAAUGGCACCAUCCAAACGCUAACCCCUGCCACUGUCCAGACAGUAGCUGCUCCUCAGGUCCAGCAAGUUCCAGUUCUGGUCCAGCCUCAGAUCAUAAAGACAGAUUCUCUUGUCUUGACAACUUUGAAAGCAGAUGGUAAUCCAGUUAUGGCUGCAGUUCAUAACCCUGCCCUCACUGCAUUGACCACUCCUAUUCAGACAACAGCACUGCAGACAUUAGUUGGCAGCAACGGGACCAUUUUGACCACAAUGCCCAUGAUGAUGGGACAGGAAAAGGUACCUAUCAAACAGGUGCCUGGUGGGGUCAAGCAGCCAGAACCACCCAAAGAAGGAGAGAGGAGAACGACCCAUAAUAUCAUUGAGAAGCGAUAUCGCUCGUCUAUAAAUGACAAGAUCAUUGAGCUGAAGGACCUGGUCAUGGGAACAGAUGCCAAGAUGCACAAAUCUGGAGUACUGAGGAAGGCCAUUGAUUACAUUAAAUACCUACAGCAGGUCAACCAUAAGCUGAGACAGGAGAACAUGGUUCUGAAACUGGCUAACCAGAAAAACAAGCUGUUGAAGGGCAUUGACCUGAGCAGUCUCGUGGACAAUGAUGUAGACUUGAAGAUAGAUGACUUCAAUCAAAACGUUCUCUUGAUGUCUCCCCCAGCCUCCGACUCGGGGUCCCAGGAGGGCUUCUCCCCCUAUUCCAUUGACUCUGAGCCAGGAAGUCCACUCCUGGAUGAUGCAAAGGUUAAAGAUGAACCCGACUCUCCCCCUGUGGCCCUUGGCAUGGUGGAUCGCUCUCGAAUACUUCUCUGUGCUCUCACAUUCCUCUGCCUCUCCUUCAACCCCCUGACAUCCCUCCUGGAGGGCCGAGGGAUGCCUGAAUCGGACAGCUCUUUAUAUCAUGGCUCUGGAAGGAAUGUGCUGGGCAUCAAGUCAGGUGCUGGUGGCUGGUUUGACUGGGUGCUGCCCACUUUGCUGCUCUGGCUGGUGAACGGUGUAAUUGUCCUGAGCGUGUUUAUAAAGCUCCUUGUGCAUGGAGAGCCAGUGACCCGGCUGCACUCUCGCUCAUCUGUAAUGUUCUGGCGGCAUCGCAAGCAGGCUGACUUGGAUUUGGCUAGGGAAGAUUUUGCGGCUGCCGCCUCAAAUCUGCAGAUCUGCCUGUCAGUUCUGGGUCGAGCGCUGCCUGCAUCCCGCUUGGACUUGGCCUGCAGCUUGUCCUGGAACGUGAUCCGCUACAGUCUGCAGAAGCUGGGGCUGGUACGUUGGCUGCUGAAGAGGACUUCACAACGACAGCGAGCAAGAGAGGCUGCUGCUGGCUUUGAGGAUGAGGCCAAGACCAGUGCUCGGGAUGCAGCUCUGGCAUAUCACAAGCUCCAUCAGCUCCACAUCACAGGUAAACUUCCAUCCAGCUCAGCAUACUCAGGUUUGCACAUGGCCCUGUGUGCUGUGAAUCUGGCUGAGAGUGCAGAGGAGAAGAUCCCACCCAGCAUGAUGGCAGAGAUCCACCUGACUGCUGCUGUUGGCCUGAAAACCCGUUGCGGAGGCAAGCUGGGCUUCCUGGCGAGUUAUUUCUUAAACAAGGCCCAGAGCCUGUGUAGCUCAGAGCGGAGUGCCAUUCCCGACUCCCUACGCUGGCUGUGCCACCCGCUUGGACAGAGAUUUUUUGUGGAACGGAGCUGGACAGUGAAAUCUGCUACAAAGGAGAGCCUGUACUGUGCCCCGAGGAACCCAGCUGAUCCCAUAGCACAGGUUCACCAGGCGUUCUGUGAGAAUCUGUUGGAGAAAGCUGUGGAUUCCCUUGUGAAGCCUCAGGCCAGGAAAGGGACUGUGGGACAGGAGGAGGAGCAGCCCUGUGAAUUCUCUAGUGCUUUGGAGUACCUGAAAUUAGUCAACUCCUUUGUGGACUCGAUGGGAACCAGUACUUGACCCACUGACUAGUGUGUAAGCAGACAGGGUGUGACAAAAUCUGCAUGUGGCCCUGAUUUGGUGUGCAGAUGGUGGUCAGCAGCGAUCGCCAUGGCAAUCAGUUGGCUCAGAGGGGAUGAUGCAGGCGUGAGGUCCCGUUUCACAGAAGUGGAGCGCAUGCCCAAAUCCCUGGAGAUGUCUGAGAACGCCCUGGUGAAAGCCAUCUUCCACGUGUGCAAAGCCAUGCAGGCCUCCCUGUCGGGGAAGGCAGAUGGGCAGCAGAGCUCCUUUGGUCACUGUGAGAGGGCCAGCAGCCACCUGUGGAACAGCCUUAACAUGAGCAGUGGUGUCUCUAAUGCUGGCCUCAACAAUAUGAUCCAGCUGCUGGCUUGUGAUUUACUGCUCUCACUCCGCACCACCCUGUGGCAGAAGCAGGCUAACUCCAGCCAGGCCCUGGGUGAGACCUACCACGCCUCUGCCUCCGAGCUGACGGGUUUCCAACGAGAUCUUGGCAGCUUGCGUAAACUGGCCCAUGGCUUCAGGCCUGCUUAUCGCAAGGUGUUUCUGCAUGAGGCCACUGUGCGCUUGAUGGCAGGCGCCAGUCCCACCCGCACCCACCAGCUGCUGGAGCACAGCUUGAGGCGGCGCACCCCCCCGAGUGGCAAACAAGGUGAGCUGGAUGCCCUGCCAGGACAGAGAGAGCGAGCCACAGCGAUUCUCUUAGCCUGCCGCCAUCUCCCCCUCUCCUUCCUCUCGUCCCCGGGCCAGCGAGCAGUCCUGCUGGCAGAAGCAGCCCGCACACUGGAGAAAGUGGGGGACAAGCGCUCCUGCAAUGACUGCCAGCAAAUGAUCGUCAAACUGAGCGGGGGCACUGCUAUCGCUGCCUCCUAGCCCAGGGGCCCUGCAGCCAAAGCCAGCCUUGUGAACCAUCAGACUGGACUCUCGCCCCAUUAUACUCCCCUUUAGCACAGCGUUCUAGAGUAGGGCCGUGCAAGUGGAAUCACUUGGGCUGGGGAGGGCUCUGAACUAAUCCAGGGUUGGCUUUCCUAGUCACUGGCUACAUUCAGGCCUGGUGGCGGGACUGGAAACUGGCUAGGAGCUCCUCACUGGGGUGAGAGGCAAUGCUGGGCGAGGAGGAGGGGUCCGCAAGCCCUGAGGACACAAGUGCUAUGGGUUUGUGCCUAAGGGCUGUCACCCUCCCUCCUCUCCCAAACCUGUCUGGGCUGAGGAACCACCCAGCACCCCCUGCAAGGCAAUACCAGCAUCUGAGGCAGAGUCUACCUGCAGACUGGCUGCCUGCCAGCUCGGUGGGGAGUGGAGAGCCCUCGCGCUGUCUCCUCAAGGCAGGGCUUGCUAAGCUGUUUUUACAUGAGCCUUUUUCUAUAGACUCUGCGUGUGUGGGAAGCUCUGGGGGAGGGGUGGUGCUUGGGGUCAGCCCACCCCACCCAGGAAUCCCCCUGUGAUUUUUAUACCUUUGUUUUUUAUAGCGAUGUUCAUGGCUUUACAAGACAUAGGGAACGGUUGCAGUAGAUUUCUCAACACCCCCAGCCUUGUGUGUCUCCCACAUCUUGUCACUGCGCUGUCUCCUGCCUCUGGGGCCAGGAGGUUUUCUGGUGUAAAUUAGCAGCAUCCACGGUUUGGGCGCGGGGUUGCCCCUUUAUGGACAGAGUACACCGGGAGGGCUGCUUGCGUGGUGAGGGACCCAGGAUAAUAGGGCGUGCAGAGACCUGAGAAGAGGGAGAAGUGUCUCUCUGUUGGCACAGAUUAAACGGGUUUUUAAAACGAGAAUGUUUGAGAUUUCAUUACACUCAAUUCUAGAUUCUGUCCUCUCCCCCCAUCUCCUUUGUGUGUCCUCAGUCUGCAUCUGCAUGGCAGGUUUUGCCCCCCAUGAGGAAACUUAAAUAAACUUGGUCUCUGCUAUGGUUUGGAGCACCUUUGUUUGGAGUGUGCUAAUGCCAAGCCAUGUGACAUUGCAAGAGUACAGGAUGGGGGAAGGGAGGAUCAUCCAGUUUUCCCCCCACCUCUCUCAUUGCCCCUUCUGCCCAAAGGCACUGUGGGAAAUCCUUCCUGUGCUAUGGAAGCCAGUGCUUGGCAGGCCACAUUGCUGCUGCUCUCCCUGUACCUGUGCUGUGACGGGUCGAGCUAGAACUGCAUUGGUACCGGGUACCAUCCUAUCCUGUGCAGGCGCCUGCAGCCCUUCGUUAAUGCAGCAUGGUGGUCUCAUCGCAGAAGCAGAACAAAUUUUUGUUAAACCUUUCUAGGUGUAUUCAGUUACUGCUAAGAAAAGGCUCUUGGAGCUUCAGUUACUGCUAAGAAAAGGCUCUUGCAAUCACACGUGGGAUCUUCUGCCCUUGUUUUGCAGUGUGCUUCUGGCAAAGAUAUUUCAAAGCACAGCAACUGGGAAUGUUGUAUGCACCAGCUUCGCUGAGAUGGAACGUAAUUCCGCCUCCCAUCGCACC